AUGGCUGGAUCUAGACACUCGCGGCUAACCCAUGAGCCGGACUGGAUCUGGGUCAGCAUGGCAGCGUUGUCGGUUCUGUCCCUGGCGUCAACAGGGGCCGAUGCCAACCUCACCGAGUCCCCUGUGGCGGCCUCGGAACCCGAGUUUCAGGCCCGGGAUUUCCAUUUGACCGGACCCGGCCUGGCACCCCGGGACGUUACUUUACCCUGCCGCUAUUUCACCGUCCAAAUACAAUCUUCAUGGGGAGGAUGGAACUCUCUUCGGGUCCGUCGUGAUCAACUCCACGUCACGAUUUCUGGCACGCCCUGGGACGGACCACAAAGGGUAAUUCCGGUGCGCACCGAUGUCCUGAACGGACCCGAAGGUCAAGCCACCGUUUGGAUUGUCCGUUACAAGCUGUUCUCCACCUUGCGUGAUCUAAGCAUUCACGUUCGUUAUGGAUCUGACCACGUGUCGGGUUCGCCCCGCCUCAUACCGGGACCGAUUCAGCCCAGCCAUUGCGUCUGCCCAUCGACCGACCUGGACACGUGGUUAGACCGCCAGUCGUGUCCGGUGUCGGAUCACACUCAAAUCCUGGCCGAUUUGGCCCCGUUUCCACAGAUCGAUAUGGUCCAAGCCCUGUCUGAGGCACGUAGCCGCUUUGGCAACCCGAGGGCUCAGAGUUUUUGCCAUUACGUGGUGCUAAAUUCAAACAUCUUCCGUCAAUGCUAUGGUGAACACGUCGGGUUUCACAUGUUUCCCGAUGCGUUUCUAAUCUUCCUGACAUCCGUAACCCGGUUACCCGACCUUGAAUUCCUCAUUAACUUGGGCGAUUGGCCCUUAAGCCGAUUGAGUCCAUCCGUUAAGCCUUUGCCCAUCAUUAGUUGGUGUAAGACUCCGGACUUUGCAGACAUCUUACUGCCCACCUAUGAAAUCACUGAGGCCUCCUUAGAGUGCAUGGGCAGACAAAUGUUGGACAUGCUGAGUUUGCAAGAGAACUCUCAAGUGCCGUGGAACCAGAAGAUCGAGCAAGCCUUUUUUCGAGGCAGAGAUUCACGGAAAGAGCGAUUGGACCUGAUCCGACUGGCGGCCAACCACUCUGAUAUUAUGGACGUGGGUAUCACUCGUUAUUUCUUCUUUCGAGACCAAGAGGUAGUCCUUGGAACGAAAGAAUCAAUAUCCAUGUUCGAUUUCUUUAAGUACAAGUAUCAAAUUAGCCUGGAUGGAACGGUAGCUGCCUAUCGACUACCCUAUUUAUUGGCCGGAGGUUCCCUUAUCUUCAAGCAAGACUCCGAUUACAUGGAACAUUUUUACUCGAGUUUGAAACCAUGGAUCCACUACGUGCCCAUCCGCGCCGAUUUGAGUGAUCUGGUCGACAAAAUCCAUUGGGCCAAAAAUCAUGACGAAGAGGCCCAUAACAUUGCUGUCAAUGGUCGCCGGUUUGCGCAAGAGCAUCUCUUACCCCAACACGUGCUGUGCUACCAUGGCUCACUUUUCCAAGAAGUCGCUCGGAGACUCGUACAGAGGCCACAAGUCUUGGAGGGAAUGGAAAAGGUGGAUAACGAAAGGAAUAAACAGCCAAGAGGAGCUUGUCAUUGUUCCUCGGAAAAAGAUGAAUUAUAACCGUGAAUACGUAGUUAUGGUUCAUACCUUUCAGUCAAGCCCAGAUUGCGAUGGUCAAAUAGGUUUAAAAAAGCACCCAUCGCAACAAAAUCAAAAAUAAAGUAGCCUAUUAGCUCAUUAAUAAUUAGUUUAAUUCAAGUAAUGCGUAUUCGUGUACAAGCAAGACAAUUGCAUAUUGAUCUUGUA